AUGUGGAAGAAGCUCCGAUGGUCUAAGUCAGGCCGUCGAGGCCAUGGCCAAGGCCAUGAUGAUACAUUUGAAAGUUGUUCCUACCAGGGCAUUCGAUUUGAUUCUGAUCGACCACCACCUUCAACCUCAGAUGAUUUGACCGUCCAGUCACUAGGCGGUACAACCGCGGCGUCAAACAGAAGCCCCGAAGUCCUCCAGGCAAGGAAAGCUCAAACUAUAAUGAAGCGGCAAAUGCACGACAUGACAGCAGUCCAGCUGAAGCAAGAGAUUGAACGGGUGGUGCGGGAGAACGGUGCCCUGCUCAGCGAAAUUGACUACUUACAGCGUCGAUUAGCUUAUCUCGAACCCUUGCUGCCAAAAAUCUACUUUCUUGGGAACAUGCUUAGAUCUGUCGCGGGCGAUGCCGAGCAACCUGGCAGGGAGAUGUCCGCUACGACUCCACAGCACACCCCAGGGAGCCCAGGGCCGUAG